UGAGGGGUGCAAGGGGCCGCUACCUUGCGGAAACCUCCCUCCCUCGGCCCUGCGGACCGCGGAGAGGCACCUUUCCACCACCGGACACCCAAGCAACAGCCCCGGCUCCAUCCGCGCUCUCCUGACUCCCCCUCUCCUCGGGCCGCCCACCUCUCCUCUCUCCCGCCUUUGGAGUCCCGGUCGGCCCCAGCUUCCCUCUCCUUCACCCCAUCUCCCCGCCCGUCAGCCUCCCCUCCGCUGCCCUCGCGCAUCCCCAGUCUUCCUGUCUGUCGUCCCCUCCACUUGAAGACCCGCCUGUCCUUUCUCCCCCGACCCCUCCACCUCUGUGUUCUUCAGUCUCCCUGCAUCCUCUGCCCUCGGUCUUCUCCUCCCCAACUUGCAUUUUUUCCCAUCCCUUAGUCUGCCUUUCAUUUUCCCCUCCACAUCCCGGUGGCUCCCCUUCCCCGCCCAGUCCCUCUGCACACCCCCAUUCAUCUCUGUCAGGUUCAUCCUUAAGUUCUCUCGUCCCCCUCCCCACUCGGGCGUCCCCCGCUGGGCUCCCCGCCUCAGUUUCCUUCCCUUCCUGACUCCUUCCUCUGCCGGCGGCCCUUUCUCGAGGGCGGAUGUGCGCCUGGAGGGCGAAGGCGGCGGCCGAGAGGACCCCAGCUCGGCCUGGCGGGCCUCUGGCCACAGCCAUGCACCGCUCGGGCCGAGGCCGAGGCCGACCCCCAGGGACACAGGAGCUCUGGAGCCUUAGGACCAUGGACACUCUCAAUAGGAACCAAAUAGGCCCUGGAUGCAAGACCCAGACCAUGGUGCAGAAAGGACCCUUGGACCUGAUCGAGACAGGCAAAGGGCUGAAAGUGCAAACGGACAAACCCCACCUGGUGAGCCUGGGCAGUGGGCGACUCAGCACAGCCAUCACCCUCCUGCCGCUGGAGGAAGGGAGGACGGUGAUUGGCUCUGCAGCCAGAGACAUCUCACUACAGGGCCCAGGCCUGGCUCCAGAGCACUGCUACAUCGAGAACCUGCGGGGCACCCUCACCCUCUACCCCUGUGGCAAUGCCUGCACUAUUGAUGGGCUCCCUGUCCGGCAGCCUACCCGGCUUACUCAGGGCUGCAUGUUGUGCCUGGGUCAGUCCACCUUCCUUCGCUUUAACCACCCGGCUGAAGCCAAGUGGAUGAAAAGCAUGAUUCCAGCAGGGGGCCGAGCCCCUGGGCCCCCAUACAGCCCUGUUCCUGCAGAAUCAGAAAGUCUGGUAAAUGGGAACCACACCCCACAGACUGCAACACGGGGACCCUCCGCCUGUGCCAGCCACAGUUCCCUGGUGAGCUCUAUUGAGAAGGACCUGCAAGAGAUCAUGGACUCACUGGUGCUAGAGGAGCCUGGAGCUGCUGGCAAGAAGCCUGCCGCAACCUCUCCACUGUCGCCGAUGGCUAAUGGUGGGCGCUACCUGCUGUCUCCCCCAACCAGCCCCGGUGCCAUGUCUGUGGGCUCCAGCUAUGAGAACACCUCUCCAGCCUUCUCUCCACUCUCUUCACCAGCCAGCAGUGGAAGCUGUGCCAGUCACUCACCCAGUGGGCAAGAGCCAGGACCUUCUGUGCCCCCGCUGGUACCUGCCCGUUCCUCCAGCUACCAUCUGGCCCUGCAGCCCCCACAGUCCCGCCCAAGUGGUGCUCGCUCCGAGAGUCCUCGGCUGAGCAGGAAAGGGGGCCAUGAGAGGCCUCCCAGCCCUGGCCUCCGGGGUCUGCUGACAGACAGCCCUGCAGCUACUGUCUUGGCGGAGGCCCGGAGAGCCACUGAGAGCCCCCGGCUGGGUGGGCAGCUGCCUGUGGUGGCCAUCAGCCUGAGUGAAUACCCAGCUUCUGGUGCUCUCAGUCAACCCACCAGCAUUCCUGGCAGCCCCAAGUUUCAGCCUCCAGUCCCUGCUCCCCGAAACAAGAUUGGCACACUCCAGGACCGCCCUCCCAGCCCUUUCCGUGAGCCUCCAGGCAGUGAGCGGGUGCUAACAACCAGCUCCUCACGCCAACUGGUGGGCCGAACAUUUUCAGAUGGGUUAGCCACCCGUACCCUGCAGCCUCCUGAGAGUCCCCGCCUGGGCCGGCGGGGCCUGGACAGUAUGCGAGAACUACCCCCCUUAAGUCCAUCUCUGUCCCGGCGAGCUCUCUCCCCGCUGCCCACCCGGACCACCCCAGAUCCCAAGCUAAGCAGGGAAGUGGCAGAGAGUCCUCGGCCCCGGCGCUGGGCAGCCCAUGGGGCUUCACCAGAGGACUUUUCCCUGACGCUGGGGGCACGGGGCCGUAGGACACGGAGCCCCUCACCCACACUGGGUGAGUCUCUGGCACCCCACAAGGGCAGCUUCAGUGGCAGGCUGAGCCCAGCCUACAGUCUGGGCUCUCUUACUGGGGCUUCACCCUGCCAGAGUCCCUGUGUCCAGAGGAAGCUCUCCAGCGGGGACUUGCGGGUGCCUGUCACAAGGGAGCGGAAAAAUAGCAUCACAGAGAUCAGUGACAAUGAGGACGACCUCCUGGAGUACCACCGGCGACAGCGCCAAGAGCGGCUCCGGGAGCAGGAGAUGGAGAGGCUGGAACGCCAGCGCCUGGAGACCAUCCUGAACCUGUGUGCCGAAUACAGCCGGGCUGAUGGGGGACCUGAGGCUGGGGAGCUUCCCAGCAUUGGGGAGGCCACCGCAGCAUUGGCACUGGCAGGCCGGAGGCCCUCACGAGGCCUUGCAGGGGCCUCUGGGCGGAGCAGCGAGGAGCCUGGAGUUGCCACCCAACGCCUAUGGGAGAGUAUGGAGCGCUCAGAUGAGGAAAAUCUCAAGGAGGAGUGCAGCAGCACUGAGAGCACCCAGCAGGAGCAUGAAGAUGCACCUAGCACCAAGCUCCAGGGAGAGGUGCUAGCUCUGGAAGAGGAGCGGGCUCAGGUGCUGGGGCGCGUGGAGCAGCUCAAGGUCCGUGUGAAGGAGCUAGAGCAGCAGCUGCAGGAGUCAUCCCGAGAGGCCGAAAUGGAGCGGGCACUGCUGCAGGGAGAGAGGGAGGCAGAGCGGGCACUGCUGCAGAAGGAGCAGAAGGCAGUGGAUCAGCUGCAGGAGAAGCUGGUGGCCUUGGAGACAAGCAUCCAGAAGGAGAGGGACAAGGAGAGGGCGGAGCUGGCCGCGGGACGGAGGCACCUGGAGGCCCGCCAGGCGCUCUACGCCGAGCUCCAGACGCAGCUCGAUAACUGCCCCGAGUCAGUGCGGGAACAGUUACAGGAGCAGCUGAGAAGGGAGGCAGAGGCCCUGGAGACUGAGACAAAGCUCUUUGAGGACUUGGAGUUCCAGCAGUUGGAGCGGGAGAGCCGCGUGGAGGAGGAGCGUGAGCUGGCCGGCCAGGGGCUGCUCCGGAGCAAGGCUGAGCUGCUCCGCAGCAUCGCCAAGAGGAAGGAGCGCCUGGCCAUCUUGGACAGUCAGGCUGGGCAGAUCCGGGCUCAGGCCGUGCAGGAGUCAGAACGCCUGGCCCGGGACAAGAAUGCCUCCUUACAGCUGCUGCAAAAGGAGAAGGAGAAACUGACUGUGCUGGAAAGGAGAUACCACUCACUCACAGGGGGCAGGCCUUUCCCGAAGACCACAUCGACCCUCAAAGAGAUGGAGAAGCUGCUGCUCCCUGCUGUAGACUUAGAGCAGUGGUACCAGGAGCUGAUGGCCGGGCUGGGGACUGGCCCCGCUGCAGCCUCCCCUCACUCUUCUCCCCCGCCUCUGCCCGCCAAAGCUUCCCGUCAGCUGCAGGUUUACCGCUCCAAGAUGGAUGGCGAGGCCACCAGCCCCCUUCCCCGGACCCGCAGCGGCCCCCUCCCCUCUUCCUCUGGCUCUUCCUCCUCCUCCUCCCAGCUCAGCGUGGCUACCCUGGGGCGUAGCCCCUCCCCAAAGAGCGCUCUACUCACCCAGAAUGGCACGGGCAGCCUUCCUCGCAACCUGGCAGCCACACUGCAGGACAUCGAGACCAAGCGCCAACUAGCUCUGCAGCAGAAGGGACAACAGGUGAUUGAAGAGCAACGGCGGCGACUGGCUGAGCUGAAGCAGAAAGCAGCAGCUGAGGCACAGUGCCAGUGGGAUGCCCUUCAUGGGGCAGCCCCCUUCCCAGCGGGCCCCUCGGGCUUCCCGCCUCUCAUGCACCACUCUAUCCUACACCACCUGCCUGCGGGGCGGGAGCGUGGGGAGGAGGGUGAGCACGCCUACGAUACGCUGAGUCUGGAGAGCUCUGACAGCAUGGAGACCAGCAUCUCCACCGGGGGCAACUCGGCCUGCUCCCCUGACAACAUGUCCAGUGCGAGUGGUCUGGACAUGGGGAAGAUCGAGGAGAUGGAGAAGAUGCUGAAAGAGGCUCAUGCAGAGAAGAACCGGCUCAUGGAGUCGAGGGAGCGGGAGAUGGAGCUGCGGCGGCAGGCCCUGGAGGAGGAGCGGCGGAGGCGUGAGCAGGUAGAACGGAGGCUGCAGAGUGAGAGUGCCCGGAGGCAGCAGCUGGUCGAGAAGGAGGUCAAGAUGCGGGAGAAACAAUUUUCCCAGGCACGACCCUUGACUCGCUACCUGCCAAUCCGGAAGGAGGACUUUGACCUGAAGACACAUAUUGAGUCAUCAGGCCAUGGUGUUGAUACCUGCCUGCACGUGGUGCUCAGCAGCAAGGUCUGCCGUGGCUACUUGGUCAAGAUGGGCGGCAAGAUUAAAUCAUGGAAGAAGCGCUGGUUUGUCUUCGACCGGCUCAAGCGCACCCUUUCCUAUUAUGUGGACAAGCAUGAGACGAAGCUGAAGGGAGUCAUCUAUUUCCAGGCCAUUGAGGAAGUGUACUACGACCACCUGCGCAGUGCAGCCAAGAGCCCGAACCCAGCCCUCACCUUCUGCGUAAAGACCCAUGACCGGCUGUACUACAUGGUGGCACCAUCUGCAGAGGCCAUGCGCAUCUGGAUGGAUGUCAUUGUCACAGGGGCUGAGGGCUACACUCAGUUCAUGAACUAACUGCCGUGGGCCUCCUGGCAGAGCACAACUGGGGCUUUUGUAUAAGAAGACUUUAAUAUUCUGUAAGGAGCUUGGUCCUGUGAGUUUCUGGGCUCUGGCCUCCUGAAGAACCAGCCAGAAGAAGAAAAGUGGAGGUGGCUUUGCUGCCUCCUGGGAGCCCAGAACUUGCAGUAACCCUUUAGGGUCCUGCCCCAGGCCCAGCCAGGGCUGAGGAGCUGUCACAGAGAGGGCCUCAGCUCCGACCUGACACCUGCUCUCCCCAGCCUGUUUUCUCUUUUCUAAAAGACAAAUUAUGGUACCAUAAGCUGCCAAAGAUCCCCUCCUGCCUCAGACCCCUUUGCUAGGGGCUUUGGGGGCUGAGCAGAGCCACAUCCAGAGUGGGGUAAUAGCUCAGGCGGCCCGCUUCCCAUUUCUCAAACCCCGCUCUGCCCCAUUGUUCUCCUUUCCCUUAUACUUCUUCUUACCUUGCUCAAGGGCCAGAGAUCUCAAGUGUCAACCUUGAGGUCCCAGCUCCAUCCCCUAGUUGCAGACCCAUCACCAUGGUUACCAUAGUGACUGCUUCAUUGCCAUGGUUACAUACUAAUUGCUGCAGCUCUGUGGCCCAGCCCACUGCUUCAGCUGUGGGCCAUCUAAGGGUACGUGCCAUCAUCUCUCCAGCCCAGGCCCCUGGGCAUCUCAUGCUGGGGGGAAGGGACUGAACACCUUUUUCCUGCCCCCUGCCUGUGUCUUCAGCCCUGAUGCACAGGCUGCCAGCCCCCCAGUCCAGCCCUCUCCCUUCCACUGGUGCCUUGCUUAGAGCCAGAAGGGAUGAAGCCGGGGGAUCUAUGGAACAGAGGAGGAGCGAUGCAGUUGGGAGAGGAAGCUAGAAGGGUUAUGGUUGGAGUUCUGCACAGGGCUAAGUUUCCGACAGGGAAAGAGGAUUCCUCCAAUGCUCCUAGAGGGAAAGCCUGAGCAGGAGAUGAUGCAGCAGAGGGGAAGGGCCCUGUGGUGCCGCAAUCCUUCCUUCAGCCUCCGAAAGGCGAUGGAAAUGGAGAGUGGAGGACCAGGCCUCCAGCUGUCUGGCCUCGCUCUUCACGCCUUAACACUAAACCCACCUCCCCUGCUCUCCUUACCAGCAUUGAGCCCUUGGUUGCCUGGGCCCAGGCUGGGGGUUUUCAGUAUUUGUAAGCAUUUCAGCAGAACAAUAAAGCCUUUGGACUACGGAAA